ACGAAUUUAGUUUUGUUUUAAAAAAGAACAGUUUAUACGGUAAAGGUGCAGCGAAGAGAUGUUUCUCUCUCCCAAGCGCUGGCGGAAGGGACUGGCACUCGAGGCAGCUGCAGUGUUUGCUCCAAUCUUCUGAUAAACACGCGCAAACACUGUGGGCCCAUUUACAUUGCAUUGCUGGCUGGCAGUGUAAGAAAGCUGAGUCGUUGUUUAAUUCUCAUCGCUGAGAGAUCGAAUUGAACCGGUGAGUUCUCUGCGUCUAACCUGAACACCUCUUGCAUUAACAGUUUAUAAUGUAUCACCAUUUCGUUGGGUUUUACCGUCCUCCAAGUUUCAAGUUGUCCGUAUUCUUUACGCAACGCGUCCGACAUUUCUAUUCAUCGACAUGUCGACGAAUCGAUGCAUCAUCCCCCACCCACGCCUUCGAAUAAGCGGCGACGACGUUCGUGGCCACAUUUUCCCCCAACCCCCGGGGUACUUGCAGAUGUACAUAUUUGAGGCUGAGUCGACUUAGACUAAGGCGCAUGCCAGGCCAAGGGCGAUGUCCCAACACGACAGGCCAAAUUGCCAAAUCGUUUCCGUGAAGCGUAUCUUCGCCCCUUCCUGAUACAGAAGCCACUCACUGACCACCUCCCACUCACACAAAGAACCACCACCACCGACCACCCAUCUCCGAACGGCUAACGAGCUGGUCGUCGAGUAAGCGUGAGUGUCUUGCGUGCGCGCACAAUCACGACCAAUCAAUAUUCGAACCGGUGCUGGGCAUCCCCUAGGUCGACUCAGCCUUAAAUGAGGGUCAAGAUGUGGGACUGCGUCCCCGACCCGUGGCAUGAGGAGGCCCUGGGCAACGCGUGCACCCUGGCCACACGUGACUUCACUCUCAUGCGCAGCGGGCGACUCCUCCGCGAUGCCUCGUGCGCCUUGGACCAUCGUCAGGGCGAGGUCGUCCUCGCCAUCAUCUGCUCCAUCUUCCUGGCCACGCUGGUGCCUCCCUUGCUGCUCCUCAAUCUCGGCGUGGCCGCCGUGAACCUGUGCGGUGGACGCCGCGCCCUCGCCGCCAUCGGCGGGGGCGCCUCAACUCCUCCUCCUCCUCCUCCUGCUCCUCAUCCCCGGAGCGCCGCGGCUCGCCAACCGUCCGCGGUGGACGUGUACGUGACGAGCGCCGCGCUGGCCAACGCCCUGCAGCUGAGCGUGGCUCUGGCGCACCUCACGGGGCUGACGCACGACGGGCCGGACGCGACGGACGGCGGUGCCUCCGAGCGCGACCCGCCCGUCGCGCACGGCUGCGCCGUGGCCUACGUCCUCUUCCACGUGUCGGCGCUGGCGAGCGCCUACUCGGUGACCCUGCUGGCCUUCGACGCGUACCUGGAGGCGGCGCUACCGGCGGGCUCGCGCCCGCCGCUCGUGGACGCGCGCAGCGCCCCGCACGUGUGCGCCUUCCUGUGGGGCGGCUCGUGCCUGGCCGCGUUCCCCGCCGCGCUGCAGAUCGGCUGCUCCCGGCGCGGGCAGCUCGACUGCGUGGCGCUCGGCGUGCGGGAGCUCGCCGACGUCUCGCUCGUCGUCACGGGCUUCGUCGUGCCGGUCGCGGGGUCGUGCGUGAGCGCGUGGUGCGCCGCGCGUCUCCUGUCACGCGGCGGCGGCGGCGGCGGCAUCGACAUUAACAUUGACCACGACGACCGGGAAGCGCAGAGAGGCGCGCUGCGCAUGGCGCUCGUGGCGGUGCCCGUCCACUUCUCGCUGUGGGCCCCGUUCUACGCCACCGUCGGGGCCGGCGUGUUCGCCGCCGUGAGGAGGAGGCCCUCGUUCCGCCUGCUCAAGGCGCUGGCACAGAUGCUCGCGUACGCGCCCCCGUGCGUGGCGCCGUGCGUGUACGCGCGCAUGUGCCGUGGAGUGGCGGAGCGCGCAAGGCUCGUGAGGGCCGUGCUCGGGUCGCGGUGCGGGAGGCGACGCUACACCAGGCACUCGUCGCUGCCCCUGACAGAGGCCGUAUAGGUGCGGGGGCGUGCGUGCGUGCGUGCGUGCGUGCGCGUGUGUGUAUGUACGUACGUGUGUGUGUG